GCUGGACGCAUGCGCCUCGUGCUGCUCGCCGCGACGGUCGCCGCUGCCUUGCACCCGCGGUCGCUCGCCGACAGUAAUGACAUGCCGUUCGUCAACAAUGCAAGCGCGUCGGCGGCCAUGGACGUCGGCCACAACGUGCUCAGCACCAUCACCAAGCUCCGCGGCGGCGACCACGCCUUUUACACCUCGCUCUACACGGCGCUGCAGAUCACGUACUGCGACUACCUCUCCAACACGGACCGCCACGCCCCCGGCGACGAGCCGCUCGCGACGUGGCCGAGCAACAUGCACAGCGACAUGGCCGUGCCGCCGUAUUAUCGCUUCGUCGCCAGCUCGCACCCGAACGCGCUCGUCGAUAAGAACGGAGAUUGUCUUCGUCUUGCGUCGCCGCCGGCCGCCGUCGCCGCCCAGUACCAGCGCGGCUACUGCGAAGUGAUUGCCAACUGCUACUGGUCGCCACUGCAGUUUGCCGACUCGCCGGACCGCGUGCCAGUGUACGCGACCAACCAGGCCGCGUCACCGCCGAGUGGCGCCAUGACGCUACCGCAAGCGACCGCGACGCUUCAGAAAUGGGCCCAGAGCACCGCGUACUUUGUCGCGCCGCCGAUCAUCCUUGGCGUCCUCUGCUUUCUAUGCUGCCUCCUCUUUCUCCUCUGUCGCUGCUGCUGCAACCGAUGCGGCGGCCGCAACGCCAAGCCGGCGGGCUACUCGCGCAUGGAGCGCGGCCUUCCGAUCGGGUUCUUCCUCCUCUUUGCCGGUGCGAUUGCUGGCGUCGCGAUCGCGAGUUUGCUCUACUACAACGUCAUUACGAGCGAAAUUGGGUCGCUCUUUACGACAACGCUGACGACGAUCUCGGGGCUUGUGUCGUGGGUGCACGCGGUCGCAGCACCGCUCGUGCACCUUCGGGACACGGUCGUGACGUCGGCCGACGCCAUCAGCGUGAAACUCAACAACUCGGAUUUCAUUGCGAAUGGCCUCAACGGCCUCGUGCAGCAGCUUGAAGCAUUUGAGAACCAAACGUACAACGUGGUGCUCCCCCAUGGCUGCGUUGUCGGCUCCGAUCUUAUUUGUAUUCCAUGCGAUGUGUGUACGUCCAUCAACGUCCAAGUGUCGGACGCGGUGAACCAAAUGCAGUCGGCGGCCGGUGCAGGCAUUACGACGCUUCAGAGCACGCGGUCGUCGCUGCUCUCGAUGCUCGUCAACUCCAAGGACACGAUCAAGAGCACAGUCAACAACGUUGUCGUUGGCGUCGUCUUGCUCUCCGAUAUGGCCGGCAACGCAACGCUGCAAGUCGAUUCGUACUCGACGACGUGGCAGAACCAGUCGCUCGCACGCCAAGCCGGGAUCCUCGUGCUCUUUGUAUUUGCGAUUGUCGUGAUUGCAGUCGGUGUCCUUGGCAUCUGCUUUGGGCUGACACCGCUCCGGUGCCUCGCCAUCAUCCUCCACAUCGCGUACCUCUUGGGGUUUAUCACGCUUCUGCUCACGUUUAUUAUCUCGGCCAUCUUUAUCGCAGUGAGCAUCCUCAUGGGCGACGUGUGCCAGCUCACAUUGCUUCUCGCCCAAGACUGGACGCCGAUCCUCGGGCAGUCGUCGGGCCGCGGCUUCAACGCGUGCUUCCGGAACCAGUCGCUCAUCGAUGCCACGGACAUGCAGUCGAGUCUCGCGUUCGCCAACAACAUUACGAUUCCGUCGUUGAAUCUCUCGUCCAUGCUCCAAUUUACGUCCCUCAGCGCUUUUGCUGACACGAUUUUGGCGACCAACACGAGCACGUUUCAAGUCGACCCGGCGCUGCUGCCGACGUUCCUCUCGGUCCUCAACGACUUUACGAGUCAGAGCUACAUUACGUCGACGCAAUCUGCCGCGGUCGCCGCGUCGUGCACCGUCAAUGACGGCAACUUUGCGCUGCAAAAUCCAACGACGCCGUGGCUCUUGCGUGGUAGCGCUGCGCUCACCAACCCCGUCCAGGAUGUGGCCUCCAUGUACCUUCCGUACCGCAACCCGUGCGCUGGCGUCCUGCACCCCGUCUGCGGCCACAACACGCUGUGUCCGUACGACAGCUUCCUUGUCGAGAUCGUCUCCAACAUGAGUGCGCUCAUUCGGGUGACUGCCGACGCCAAGACGUUUGUCGACGACAUGCACGUGUCGAUGCUGGCGCUGGAGAACGCCACGAGUACCUUCUCGGUCCUACGAUGCCCAACACCUCUAUAUACUCAAGUCAGCGGGUAGGGCCAAGUGACCAACUUGAGCUCGACGCUCAACGAGAUUGGAAGCGAUCUGCAAGCCUCGCUCGUUCGCGACGUGCGUGCGUUCGAGACGACCAUGAACUGCACGUUCGUGGCGCACGACUACAACCGCUUUUACGUCGCCCUCUGCGGUACGGUGACGCCCGCGCUGCUCAUGAUCUCGCUCUGCCUCUUUCUGCUCGGCUUAUUCUUGAUCCCGAUCAACGUGACGCUCAUCAUUCUCACCAAGCGGCUUCGGUCGCCCCACGUGGUGACACCGACGGAAACCAAACUCAAGUAAAAACGAAUAUGAAUUGGAUUUCUUUAUCUAAA